AUCAAGUACAAAGAGGAUCCGCUGCCCACCACCGCAACCGUUCCGCACUUUUCAUUUCUUUCUCUACACAGUACCAUAUAACUGGUUCUUCCCUCCAUAGAGGACGUCCCUCAGUAAACCAGGAUCAGACGCGUGAUCGCAAACAUGCGCUUCUCUAUAGAUGGCUCGACCGAAAAGGCCAAUGCCUACAACGACACCAACGGAAUUGGCGAGGGCCAGCUCGCCUAUGACCCCGACCUUGCACAUCCAGCAGCGGGCUACAGGAAUGGCGACACCGCUGUCCUACCACCCGGCGUGUCCGAAAGGAAACUCAUAACCAAGAUCGAUCUCAGGGUCAUUCCGGCACUGUCGGUUUUGUAUCUUCUCGCUUUCCUCGAUCGAACGAACGUCGCCAAUGCCGCCAUUUUCGGCCUGCAGAAGGACCUGGGACUCUCCAGCACUCAGUACUCCACCGCUCUGACCAUCUUUUUCGUGCCUUACAUCCUCUUCGAAAUUCCCAGCAACGUCGUCUUGAAGCGUCUCAAGCCCAAUGUCUGGCUCUCCGUUUGCAUGUUCUUCUUCGGUCUGGUAACCGUCUGCCAAGGUCUCGUCCAAGGCUAUAGCGGUUUCCUCACGACACGAUUCUUCCUUGGGCUUUUUGAAGCUGGCAUGUUUCCAGGCUCUUUCUACUUGAUCGGCAUGUGGUACAAGCGACACGAAGCGCAGAAGAGAUACACGUUCUUUUUCGCCAGCACGACCCUAGCAGGCGCCUUUGGUGGUCUCUUGGCGUCCGCCAUUGGCAAAAUGAACGGCAUGAGAGGCUAUCUCGGCUGGAGAUGGGUAUUUAUCCUGGAAGGAUGCCUCACCUGCGUCGUCGCCAUCAUCUGGGUCUUUGUGAUUCCCAACUUUCCCGAGGACGCCACAUGGCUGACCGAGGCCGAGCGUGAGUACGUCAAGGCCAGGCUUCGCGACGACCAGGGCAAAUCCGCCAUCGAACGGCGCAUCACCUUCCGUGACGUUGCCCAAUGCUUCAAAGACUACAAAUUCAUUUUGUGCUGGCUCAUGUACUUUGGUCUGAUCGUUCCUGCUUACGGCUACGCCUACUUUGCGCCCACCAUCAUCAAGUCCUACGGCUACAGCGCCAUCCAGACACAAUUCCACUCAGUCCCACCAUGGGCAUGCGCCUUCGGUUUCAGCAUGCUCGUCGCCGCUUUCUCCGACCGUCUGCGCCACCGCUUCGCCUUCGCCAUCAUCCCCAUCCUCAUCGCGAUAACCGGCUUCUCCAUCCUCUUGUGCGUUCACCACAACAGACACACCGAGUACGCCGCCCUCUUUUUGAUCACAUCGGGCUGUUACUCCGCCAUGCCCAUCAUCGUGUGCUGGUUCACCAUGAACCUUGGAGGUCACCAUCGUCGUGCUGUCGGUUCUGCAUGGCAGAUUGGAGCGGGUAACAUUGGCGGAAUCAUCGCAAGUUACAGUUUCGCAUCCACCGAUGCAAAGACCUUUUUCCACAAGGGCUACAGCAUUUGCGUUUCGUUCAUCUGCUUGAGCGCCGUCGCGUGCAUCGUGUACUUCAUCGCCUGCAUUUCUCAGAAUAAGAGCCGCUCGAAAACACCCGAUGUCGGCUUGACCGAGUACGAAAAGGUCGAGUUGGGCGAUAUGUCGCCUGAUUACCGCUAUAUGGUCUAGAACCAAAAAGUCGUCUUCUAUGCGAGAUGAGGAGGCGCACCACGGAAAUGACAUGAAGGCGGUCGCCCUCGAGUCGGACACAAGUAUAUGGCGUGAACAGGUCGCUUAUACCUUCAGGAAAGGCUUCAUGGAGACAAGUUCCUUCAUACAUAGCUUUUGCUCGUGCCCGAUCCUAGC